GUUCAGCUCCGUGAUCAGUGUUCGUUCGCGGUGCCGUGUCGUGGUGACAGUUUUGCUACCACUUAGUAGUGGACCAACAUUUAUUGACUUUUAUGAGAACUGAUUAAACUGCAAUGUGGAAAUGGUGUAAAGUUGGUGAUUGAUUUUCCAGACGGAAUUCGUGAGAUAGAACAUGAUGAACUGUGUCAUUUUUCGCGAUAGCGAAGAUUGAAAAGACCUCUAGGGGUUGUCGUCAGAUAGAAGGAUACUAGCAAGAGAGCGACACGAUUUGCGAUUGUGCGGGAGUGAAAAGGACGGUCGGAGUAGCCAUCAAGGAUUUAAUUUUCUAUAUUCGUCCACACGUCGGUCGUGUGGUCGCAGGAAGGCAACAUUGGCUUUGCACGACACGGAUGGAUAAAGAGACACGAAAGGCUACGUGCUGUGAAAAGAAGUUCCGAAGCACUUCUGCUGACCAGGAGUAUCAUCGAAAUUUCGUCUACCGGUUCGCUAUAAUCUUGAGUAAUGGUUAGAGAUAAGUGUGGAAGGUGAAAAAGAGGUGAUUAAUGUGGCAUUGAUGGAAAAGUGAUGUAUUCAACGCAGAUAAAGCAGCGAUAGGAAAUUGUAGCACAGCGUUGCACGUGAGUAGGGAAGUCCCUAUCUGGAGCAGGAAAACGAAUGAGAGAGAGGGGAAGAGAAAGAGCAAGAGAGAAAGUUAGCAAGUGGUCGCAUUCACGCGUAGUAUAGAAUAUCGAGAAAUAAAAAUGCCAACCCAAGUGUAAAUAUUGUGCAAAUGGGAAGAAGAGCAAGUGUCCUAUCGUUGCCGUAUAUUGCCGCCAGUGAUUUCCUCUACCGCUUCGCGUAGUACUACUAAUGCCGACAUAGGCUAUUAGCCCGCUCAGGUGGUUGCCCCCGAGUGGAAUGUCAGCACAGUUCUCCUCUUGCCCUUGGGCUACAGAACCCGCUUUGAAAGUUGGAUGUGUGUGAUUAAGCGGAAAAAUUGUGCCCAAUGUCGGGUCCCGUCGCUGUCUCUAGUGCAGCCACAAUAAAGGAUACACACAGGCAGAAAAGUGUCAGCUUAGAGGGGGAGAAUGUGUUAGUGCUCGCACAAGUGUUUAUUUCAAUGUGAAAAAUUGCUUCUCAUGUUCGAAAUGUGCUGCGAAUGAAAAGAUAACAAGCAUCGACGCGCAAUUUCACCGAUAUAGAAAAAUGGGGUCGCCAACAGCGGUGGGUGGGGGAGUGUAAAUGAGAAGCGAGAAGAAGUGCAUCUUCAAAGGAUACAACCUUUGCAAAUUUGAAGCAGGCAGCUGCUGGCUCGUACGUUAGGGUAAAGGUCAUCAUUGAAGGAUACUUAUCUGCGUGGAGAACAAUUCGAAGAAUAAUAAUAAAAGGAACUGUGUGGAAACGGAACGCGUGCUCAAGAGAUAUGUGAGCUCAUACGGUCAUCGCCCAUAGGAGGUCCGACUUGGUGCCCCAAUUGGACAACAAUUGCAACUAUCGUGUGCGUCAAGUGGCGGCUGCUCUGUCGGCGGUACAUGCGUGAACGACUGGGACUUGUCCGCUGCAGUCAGUAGGCGAUACCUAAAACGGUCGUCGUCGUAAUGGAAUUCGCCAGCAGCUAACGAAUCUUGGAAUAAUUGCCGACGAAACUUUGCCCUCCUCCGGGAUAGAUCAACACUGGGGUGCUGGUGAGUUUGUCAUCUCGGUCAUUUUCCGGACAUUGUCACCGGUUCUGCGUGUCGGUUCUGAGGGUAAACCGAGUGACGGCACGUGCCCGACGGGAGAAUGAAGAUUUAUGAUUGUUUAAUGUUCUCGAGCGAUGAGGAACGUCAGCUCUGUGUUGGUGUGAAAUUGAUAAAUUAGUGGCUAAGUGCGGUAACAGUUGGGGUUUUUUUUGAAGAGCCCGUCCGAGUGGAGUCAGGUGAAAAAUUGCGGUCGGUAUUAUUUUGCGAUCGACCAGGAAGAAAAAUUGAAUUGGUGUCAAGUGCAAUUCGUGAGAAUCCUGCUGGGUGCCCCUGUCACAACUGACAGCAGAUAGAAAACAACGAUUAUCUUCAGUACCAGCAGUUUAUAAAUAAUCCAUUUCCGUGGCUUGUCGGGGAGCGAAGGAAUAACCGUACGGAAAAAGCAUCUGAAAUAAGCCAGCUGUGCUUUAAUCGGACCCAACUUAAACCCGGACCAGUCGGCUAGCGAAGGAAACAGGAUGGGCUGUGGGCAGAGUAAAAUUCAUCUCUACCCGAGGAAAAACAAGAGCAAAUCCAACGGCAAGAAAAGUGGACACAUAGAGGACGCCGAUGCGGACGAAGAGGAUGGACACAACGGGCGGGACGAGCGGGACCGCGAGAUUAACGGCGAGAAGGAGAAAUUGGACGAGGAUGGAUCGUUACGGGACGAUGGCUCCCCGGAGCCCCCCAAUGGCGAGAUUGUGUCGAUACUGCGUAGAAAUGGAUCGUUGCUCCAAAGCCAGCUUUCCCCAUCAAGGGAAAUUUCGACCAGUCAGCAGAACUUUUUCCGAAUGCUGGAUCAAAAGAUUGAAGAGGGGCCUGACUAUGAUUCCAACAGCGAAACCGAGGUUGCGCUGGAGGAGGCUCGGAUGAAUGCGCUGGUGCAUCACUGGGAAUCCGCAAGUCUAACGACGUCUAUGUGUUCUUCCACCAGCCGGUCACUGCAGGGAACGCCUGUGCGGCAGGUGCCACUGAGACAACCUCCAUUGAGGCCAGCUUUCCAGCAGCCGCUCAGCGCAGAGUUACUCUCCCAGCAACAGUUGCUUAAACAGCAACAUCAGUUGAUCCUUCAGCAUCAUCAGCAACAACAGUUGCAGCAGCAACAAUUGCAGCAGCAGCAGCAACAACAACAACUACUACAGCAGCAUCAACAACAACAACAACAGCAAAUCAUACACCAAAACUUUAACAUCAAUACGAACCUUAACAGCCCGAAGCGGGUAAUUGGGAGCGGGAACGCCGUCAGUGUCGGUGGCAUCCCGGUUAGUUUGGAAGGUCGUCAGCUGCUGUCGCAAACCAUAAUCCACCAGAACUACGGUGUUAUGCAGCCGCCGCAAACGGCACCCCAGCUUCGUCCCAGUUCGGGACGUACCUUGCCAACGCCGGUUCAGUGUUUGCAGCUGUCCUACUAUCAGCAACAGCAGCAACAACUACAGCAACAACAACAACAGCAGCUACAGCAACAGCAAUCACAGGGUUUGGCCAGCGCGCUGCCCGGUUUGGGACCAUUGCAACAAUUCCAACAGCAAUCGAUACCACCUCAUGCGUACUACAAUGAUAUUCUAAGGCAUCCCCUGCAGCUCUCAUCCAGCCAGAUCCAGUCCCAGGUUCAGCAGCAAUCCUCCGCCGGCAUCUCGUCGGUGUCCUCCGCGCUAGCAGCCGCCGGUGGUCCCUCCUCCACGGCGCUCGCCUCCGCCGUGAUAGCCGUCGGAGGAAGUGGGAACCUUUUGUCCUCCAGUCCGCAGCAGCAGCAAACACCACCGGACACACCUCGUUUUCCACCGGCCAUAUCGGUUCAACGUCUAGCACCGCAAGUGCAACGCCAAAUCCGCGAAACGCAGGAACUGAUCAAGGAUUCCUGUUCGCAGCUGUAUGCCACCAACUACGGCAGCCCCGGGCCACCUCCGAUGGCACCGCUGAGAAGCAACGCGGCUGCCGCGGCCAAUGCCGUUGCGGCGGCUCGAGCAGCGGCCGUGGCUGCUGCUUCAGCCGCUCGACGACCACCACCGCCACCCUCGUUGGACACCCAGUAUUCGCAGGAACUUUCGUGAUAUCUAGACAAGUAGUGAAUCCAUUAUAGCGUUAGCAAUUAUUAUUAUUAUUACUAUCAUCAACUAUUCAUUCGUUACGACUCGGUUUAGAUGAUUUGUUGAGUCCAUCUAGCAACUGAUGGACUAUAUGUGUUUCAUCUGUAGCUCUUGUAGAAAACAUCCCCGAAUUCUAACCCAAUGGCGCAUCGCAGAAAUUGAACGUUCGAACGCUCCUUCUUUGGUGAUAUAGCAAAAGACAACUAUGAAAAUAAGGCGAAUGGGACGUGGCAAACAAUUUAAUUUUAAGUGUUCAUGUUCGGCAUUUGAUUCCGGUGGCAAAUCAAUUGAAAAAGUGGAAAUAUGUGGAAAAAAUUUAA